CAACUUGACAUACACACGCUGACAGGAAAUGCUAGAUACAAUGACAAAUACCGAGCAUUGGUAUGAAGAAGGUAGCCGAUCAGAAGGAAAAAACAAGAGUGUUGAAGAAGGCGAAAGAUGGUGGCUUCCAAUGCCACGAGUACCCGUAGGUGGACUCUCUGUUGGCGAGAGGAAAAGGUUGCUGAAUCAGGCGAAAUUGGUUCACCAAAUAUUCAAGGCUGCCAAAUCUAUAAAUGAAACCAUCCUGGCUGAAAUGCCUAUACCAAAGAUCAUUGGACAGGCACUUCCUAAGUCUGGAAAGGCAAACCUUGGUGAUGAUCUUUAUAGGACUCUAAAUACAGCCUCUUACUCAGCUGUAGGAAUGCUGAAUUCACUUAACAUAAAGUCUGAACACAAUGCCCUGGUAACCAUUAACAGACUAGAAGCCGCAAUAUACGCAUGGAAAGAAAGAGUCUCGAUACAAAAAACCAGCACUAAAUCUCCAGCAAGAACAGUAUGGUCCUUCAAAGAUCCUUCGGAGCUCAAUAAGAUCGAGUUUCUGAUAAACCGAGCUGAAGUUCUUAUGCAGCAAAUUAGAAACCGAUACCCAAACCUUCCUCAAUCCUUUCUCCAUGUCAUGAAAAUCCAAUACGGAAAGGAUAUCGCCUACGCGAUUUUAGAAGCAUAUUCUCGGGUUCUUGGAAACUUGGCAUUUAACAUACUCGCUAGAAUUGGAGACAUUUGUCACGAGGAUGAAGCUGUCGAUCCUAACUCACCGAUGCCAUUGGGAUUCUCAGGCAUUGUAAGUGCAAGGCACACACUCUUUGAUAAGAUGAACUACAUAGAUGGAAAACUGAGUUUGUUAAAAGCUAAAAAGGCUUCGUAUACGCCAUUCUUAGGUGAUGAAACAAAUACAGAUUCAAUCGCAGCGACAUCUAGUCGAAUCCCUCAUUGUUGUAUAGGUAAAGAGGUUUGUUAUACACCCCCUAAAAUGUCACCUUAGUUCAGUUAUGUAAAUGGUAUGCUAUAUAAGUACGAGAAACGUAUACAAAACCUACAUACUUCCAAAUAAAUGCCGUUAUUUCGCUAAAA